AUGGUAUUUUCAGAUGAUGAGAACGAGGCAUGCAUUGAUUCAAAUACUCCUGAAAUACACGGAGAAGUAUUUAGAAAGCCUACGUAUGAUGAAGAUUAUGUUCCAUCGGAAUAUGAUAGGAGGCAACUGCUUAAAGAUCUUGCUAUUGAUUGCGCCUUUGAUAGGUCAUCAAAGAUUAAAGCUAAUAAAGUAAAAAGUGCUGGUCACUUGAUCAACUUAUCAAGAACAGAGGCAGAUCUUGAUGCCGCUCAAGACUACGUGGAUAUAAGCCCUUGUACUGAGAAUAUUUCAUCUGACGAGGAAUUUCUAUUUUGUGAUGGCAGAAACUCCAAUACAAGUACCUCUCCUUCAUCGUACUACACCCGAUCAAAAGCCUUUCAUAAAUCCAACGGUAAUGAUGACGCUGUUUUUAUUGAACAAAUUCCUCCCAAAUCGUCAUGCUCAACGCCUCCUUACCUUUCUCUUAGCGAGUUUUUUGAUGAUGAUCCCCGAGAGGAUUUAUCCAUUCUUUCCCCAUCUGAAGUGAAAUUUUCUAGAUCCGUCGAAAUAGCACACAUUGGCUUAAAUGGAACCUCAGAAUGUUCACCAAAUCAUGAAACUCCUUGGCCUUCAGAAAGCACAAAUAUUAAUGAAGCUCCGAAUAAUCAGACUAUCAUUAACGAAGCAGAUGGUCAACUUGGGGUCUCGUUUGCAUUUGAUGACUCGUCUGUUCGUUCUUUAAACGAUGAUUUUAUUGAUGAUCCUGAGGAUACCGUUUACGCUGAAUUCCUUCGCUCAUUAUUUGGCCCAUCAGUCGAAGUAAGUCUUGUUUCUUAA